AUGAACAGCGACGCGAGUUCCAGCACUAACAGCAAGGCCAAAGUCCCCAUUCCUCCGGCCAAUUUGCGCUUCCAGCGCCGCCAAUCCGAACGCGCCUUUGUCGAGAGCAGCUACCGAGUAAGCGGGUCAACACCGACCAUGGAAUAUCCAACGGGGAGCUCGCCAUGGGCUUCAUCUCCCGAGACCAGCAGGGCCAGCUUUGGUGGGGAUGUCCCGCGUGAAGACCUGCCCGCGCCGGCGGUGCAGGCUUCGGGCAGCGGGGUGGAGGGACAUCAUUCAUCUGGCGAAGGCAGCUUCAAUGGGGCACAACACAGCGGAGGAUGGACGCCCGAUCCCCCGCAGCAACAGUGGCAGCAACAGUCACAGACCUCGCACCCGCAAGACACGCAACGACAAUCCGGCGGCGAGGAGAAUAAGAGACCCGCGUCUGGGAGAUAUCACUCGGUGCAGCAGCCAGCACAGCAGAGGCAGCAUAUGCCGCAAUACAAGCUGCAGGCUAAAUUGACCGGACUGGAGCGGACGGGGAAGAAGGACUCCAUCUUGCGGUUUGACGUUCACACCAACCUCCCCAAGUUCAGGACGACCCAAUUCCGUGACAUCCGCCGUACUCACUCGGAAUUCCAGAAGCUGGCCUCUCACCUCCAAGCAUCGAAUCCCGAAGCUCUCGUUCCAGCUGUUCCUCCGGCCUCCAGCAGUGCUGGCAUGGGCACUGAAGAGGAUGAGACCCGUACCAAAGCUGCCAUCCAGCGAUGGCUGAAUGUCGUCUGUUCAAACGAAGUGCUCAUGAGGGACGAAGAGAUGGUCUUCUUUGUGGAAAGUGAUUUUGGCUACAGCCCAGUUGUGAGGAAGCGUCAGCCAGCGACAGGCAUGCGGAGAAAGGUUUUGAAACAGUUUGCACCCCCGCCAGAUGACACACCCGAGCUCUUGGAGAGCAGACCGAUUGUCAAGGCUUUCUAUCUCGGAACCAUGGACAGUCAGCAGAAGAUGGAUCGAGUUGUCAAGAGUAGAAGAUCACUCGGCACAGCAGAAUCAGACCUGGGUACCAAGGUUGCAACACUAUCUUCUCAAGAAAUGCAUCCAGGUCUGGCCAAUGCCUACCGCAAGCUUGGCAGAGUGAUUCAAAACACAGGCGACUUCCACGCAGCUCAAGGCACAGCAGAAGCUACUACUCUAUCCGAUCCAUUGGCAUACCACAGCAGUGAUGCAUUCAUUGUCAAGGAAACCCUCACGAAUCGGCAUAUACUUCUUCGAGAACUCCUCCAAUCACAACAAGCCACACGGAGCAAGCUCGCAGCCGCAGACAGACUCAAAGCCUCGUCCAGCGUGAAGCGGGACAAGGUUGAUGAAGCCAUCUCGGCUCUUGAUGAAGCCAAAAGCCACGAGACCUACCUCCAGCAGAAGACUCAGCGCGUCACCCAGAACCUGCUGAUAGAGAAGCGCAAGUGGUUCACGAGAACUUCGGGAGAAAUGCGCAGCAGUAUUCGGGAGUACGUGAUUCGUCAAAUUGAAGCUGAGCGCCGCACGCUUGCAACCCUCGAGCAGGUCCGACCAGAUGUUCGUAACAUCGACGCAUCGGGCGGAUUGAGCCGGCUAGGUAGAGAAGCACACCCUGUGGUGAAACGUUCUAGCAUGGCAUCCAGCCAAGGUCCCAAGGGAGAUGCGUGGUCUGGUGUACCUCGACGUCCAGAUGGACUGAACAGGAGUAUCAGCGGUGGCUUGCCUGGUGGUGUUCCCGAAGAUGGAGAGGAAGGCGAGGCUGCUGGCGAGGAGGAUUCCAAGGGCGGCAGGAAGAGAGCUGUAAGCGGUGCGAGCAGUCUGGGCGAGUUGGCGGAAGAUGAAGACGAUGACAGGAUCGAUGCUCGCAAUGCCGCAAGUCGAUUGGCGCAGACGACUUUCUAG